UAUAAACACAGACUAUACGCAACACUUUUAGAGAGAAAGAAACAUUUUAACCCGUUUUUAACGCAGUUCCCUUAACAAAGAUGGCCGUCGAUGUUUCAGGCUGAACUUCCACUUACGUCUCAGUGAUGGCUGCUGUGCGGAAUAGAUUCUGUCAGAAAGCCUCUUGGUUAGUGCAAUGUCGCAAUAUUCAUACCAGCCUGGUUCAAGAAAAGGCCAAGACAGGAGCAGAGCAGAUAUGGCUGGCCAGACAGAAGAAGGAUCCUUAUGUAAAAGCAGCUUGGGAACAAAACUAUCGCUGCCGCAGCGCUUACAAGCUCCUCGAGAUCGACACAGAGCAAAAACUCCUGAAGCCAGGACUUCAUGUGAUAGACUGCGGGGCUGCUCCUGGAGCCUGGAGCCAGGUGCUCAUAGAGAAGGUCAAUUCCCUGGGACAAGAGCCAACGGCAAGUGUUGGCUUUGUGUUAGGUGUGGAUCUUCUUCACAUGUCUCCCCUGGAUGGAGCCGUGUUCCUCUCUAAAUGUGACCUUACAGACCCCGCCACACACCAGAAAAUAGUCAACCUUCUCCCAUCUGGCAAAGCAGAUGCCAUACUGAGCGACAUGGCUCCCAAUGCCAGCGGGUUCAGAGAACUGGAUCACCAUAAACUAGCCAGCAUGUGUCUGUCUCUUCUGGACUUGGCAGCCAUUGUUCUGAAACCUGGGGGGAAUUUUCUGUGCAAAGUCUGGGAUGGGAGUGAAACCAAUCCAAUACGAGACAGACUGCGACAAAGAUUUCAGCAUGUCAAGACUGUGAAGCCUAAAGCUAGCAGAACGGACUCUGCGGAGAUAUAUUUGCUGGCAAAAUCAUACAAAGAAAUUCAAUCCGUGCACAGAUAAUUCCUUGUAAUCCAACAUAAAAACAACUUCUGUGGUUAAAUCUACAUUAUUUAAUAAAUGGCAUUCUUAUUAUUUGUA